CAAAUUAAAUCCAAGUGACUAGACUAGUGACAAGUGAGUUAAAAGCACGAACAUCACUAUUCCCGUAAAAGUAUCGAACGAGACGAGUGGGUGAAAGUCUUUCCCUAAAUUCUUAUGUAACGGGCGCAGCGGUCCACACGGUGCCCGGCAAUAUAACACAAACGACGAGGGUCACGGGAAUUCCAAGGCUACAAUGCUGGCUUUACUUUUACUACUGGGCAUCUGUAUGGGAAGUAUAGAGAGUGCUGUCUUGGACCCGUCCCUGUACCUUCUGCCCAGCCCCCCUCUGAGCGGCAAGGUCCCAACGUGGUCCCAACCAAGUAGAGUGACGAGAGAAGCUGCUACGCAUGAUCCAAUUACAGAUUCAAAAACCACGACAACUGAGGAGUCGGAGUCAAUGGAAAGUUCUGAGACAUUUUGGUCUAGUAUGCGAACGUCGGGGUACGGUCUCGGUGGCAUCCACAUACCGCUGACGUUCAGCGUAUCUGGCACCUACGGCAGCGACGGCUACGGCUCCGGCGUAGUCGGUAGCGGCUACGGGUCAGGCGUAGUCGGUAGCGGCUACGGGUCAGGCGUAGUCGGUAGCGGCUACGGGUCCGGCGUAGUCGGCGGCUAUGGCACCGGCUUGCUGGGCUACGGGGCCAGUGUAGCCGGCACAUACGCGAGCGUUUCUUCUGACGAGCCAGCCAAGUUCAGCAAUUACGGCAAGUCAGCAUUGGCGGGAAGCAGCUACGGAACUUACGGGUCCGGCUACCCAGGCGUGAGACUGUUCAGUGGAAACAGCAAGCCUGGCUGGAGCGGAUGGGGGAAUGGAAAGUGGGGGCAUUACGGGAAAGGGUAGACCCUCCUUAUAACCCCCUAUAACCCUUCUGGCGCAGUCGGGUCGAUAGCACAUCAGACAUACAUAAUGCAUUUUUGUAACAAUUUCACAAUUUACAUAGGAUGCCACAGUGUUAAGCUUGAUGUGCUAUCGAGCGUACUUACUAGGUAAAAACUAUUAAGUAUUUAUUCUAAGUUAUGAAUACUCACUUUAAGUAGGUAAGG